UCAGCGCAUCAUCAGCUGUGCGGGCCGCGCUGUAUGAGUCUCUCAGCUCAUGAUACAGCUCAUAUUUACUGAUAUUCGUCAUAUAUCUGUGCUUUAUUAAAAAGAUGGCCUGUCAGGGACUGGGGAAGGGCGAAACCAUCAACACGCUGAAAGCGGAGUCUGAAUCUCUUAAAAUAAAACUGGAGGAGGAGAGAGCAAAACUGCACGAUAUCGAGUUACAUCAGGUGGCAGAGAAGAUAGAGGCUUUGGGUCAGUUUGUCAUGAAGACCAGGAGAACUUUAAAGGGACAUGGGAAUAAAGUGCUGUGUAUGGACUGGUGCCGGGACAAGAGAAGGAUCGUCAGCUCCUCUCAGGAUGGAAAAGUCAUUGUAUGGGACGCGUAUACAACCAACAAGGAGCAUGCAGUCACUAUGCCCUGCACCUGGGUCAUGGCUUGUGCUUACGCCCCCUCUGGCUGUGCUGUGGCCUGUGGUGGUUUGGAUAAUAAAUGCUCCGUAUAUCCUCUCUCCUUGGAUAAAAAUGAGAACCUGGCAGCUAAGAAGAAAUCUGUGGCUAUGCACACCAACUAUUUGUCUUCCUGCAGCUUCACCAAUUCUGAUAUGCAGAUUCUGACUUCAAGUGGUGACGGCACUUGUGCAUUAUGGGAUGUUGAGAGUGGGCAGCUGCUGCAGAGUUUCCAUGGACACUCGGCUGAUGUGCUCUCAUUGGACCUCGCACCCUCUGAGACAGGAAACACUUUUGUGUCAGGGGGCUGUGAUAAGAAGGCUAAUGUGUGGGACAUGCGUUCAGGACAGAACGUUCAGUCCUUUGAAACUCAUGAAUCAGACAUCAACAGUGUAAAAUAUUAUCCCAGUGGAGAUGCUUUUGCAUCUGGAUCUGAUGAUGCUACGUGUCGUCUGUAUGACUUGCGAGCUGACCGCGAGGUUGCCAUCUAUGCCAAAGAGAGCAUCAUAUUUGGAGCCUCCAGUGUGGACUUUUCUCUCAGUGGCCGGUUGCUGUUUGCGGGCCAUAAUGACUACACCAUUAAUGUCUGGGAUGUCCUGAAAGGCACCAGGGUGUCGAUUCUCUUUGGCCAUGAAAACCGGGUCAGCACUGUCAGAGUUUCCCCUGAUGGUUCUGCGUUCUGCUCAGGGUCUUGGGAUAACACCCUGCGGAUCUGGGCUUGAGGAGUGGCCGUGUACAUGCGUGUGGACCGAUAUUUGCAGAGGGGCUUCUCGGCAUCACGCAGCACAAACUACUGAUACUUCAACACAAAUGACUAAAUGUAUUUUUUUCUCUUGCUAUUUUCCUCCUAUUUUAGUAAAAUACACAAUUGUAAAAAUAUUCCUGUUUAAUUCAUUUGUAAAUGAUACUAAAAUCUAAAUAUUGUUUUAAGAUUACUGUCAAUACUUUUGUAGGUAUUUUAUGGUAAAGAUAUAAAGAGAUUUGAUAUCAGUUCUUGUGCAACAGGCAUAGAUGAAAUGAGUGUCUAUCCAGAACUGUCUUUGAAAUGUAUUCAAGAUUCAUCACUAUUUUAGAUAUUUAUCUUACGUUAAUAUAUUAUUAUGAAUGAGCUUUGCUUGCACUAGAAUGUAAAAGAAGUAAAUGUUAAGCAUUUUAAAAGCUGUCCAGAUCAAAUGUGUAGUAGAGUCAAAUUAAAAUCAAUUAACUGAUUGGUGUAUCGAGCCACAUCCAGUAUUGUUUCCAAUGUAUCUGUAUUUACUGUUGUUGGAUGUGUAACAUUGUUAAAAAUGGCAACUUUCUAAGAAGAAUUAAAUGUAAUUUACUGUUUUUGGUGUGUGUGUCCAGAUCAGGUUGUGGCAUGUUGAUACAUAU